AUAUGAAAUUGAACUUUUCAAAUAAAUGAUUAUAUACUAAUAUUACAAUUAGUAAUCUCUGUUUGUCAGAUCUGAACUCAGGAACCCCUCGACGAUUUACAUCAAAUCUCUUAAAAUUUCUAAGUUAAGUAGGUUGACUGAUGUAGAAACAGAGUAGUUUCUAGACAAAGCUGGGUUCCCAAGUGAAAAUACUCCCAAUUUACAAACCAGUAAAAUGUGUUAAAUUGUCUCGAUUCCAAUAUCUUAUACAGCUUUUAAAAUUACCAAAGAUUCUUUAGGAUAGAGGUACGCGAAGCCCUCUGGAAACCUAACAUUUUUUAAAUAUAUACAAAAUUCGAUCAGUAUGGAGAGACAGUCUAGUUAAAUCUUUAUGAAAUGUGAGACUAAAGCAAUUAACUUGGAGAGAUUUUAUUUCAGUUCAACUCUAACAGGUGUAUUGAACAGUGUUUUGAAUAUAUUAUUAAAUGAUGGAGGAUCGUAUUUGUCAAUUUUUCCUGAGAGGUAGUUGUAGCAGGCAGAGGUGUGAAUUCCUCCAUCCAAAAGAUACCAACGUAAUACUUGAAAAUAGAGAACGAGAUAGACACAAGCAAAGAGAAAGGGACAGGUCUAGGUACAAAGAUCAUUCAAGAACAAAACAUAAAUAUGAUGGAAAAUAUAGACAUCGUCCAGUAUCUGAGGAAAGAUAUAGGUACAGAUCUAGAUCAAGAAGUAGAGAUAGAGCAAGAAGUCGAUACCCAGGGGAAAAGCUUUUGGUUUCUGAGACUCCCUGUAGGUACUUCCUAAGUAUAGGUUGUAGAUAUGGAAACAAUUGCAGAUUCUAUCAUGAUAGAUCAAACAGUAUGCUUACGAGACAUAGGUCUAGGAGUCGAACAACUAGCCCCAGAAGACAAAGCCCUAGAAGAUCUAGGACUCAAAGAAAAAGUCCAUCAAGAAAAAUAAGAAACCCAAGAUCUAACUCAUCUGUUAGAUCUAUCACAGUGUUAAGAACUAGACCACUCAGGAGGUCAAGAUCGCCUUUCAGAAGACAAAUGUCAGGUUGCAGGUGGUUGACUCAGUCAAGGUCUUCUUCUAAACCUAGAUCUACAUAUUAUUCUGAUUCGAGGGAGCUGAGAAGGUUUAGACAAUCCUUGUCCCCUAGAAGAAGAAAUUCUUCUUCAAUGUCUCCUACUCAGCAGAUUUUAAAAAAUGUGUCGUCCAUUCCAGUGUCAAAGCCUGAAGAGAGAUUUCAGUCACUGUUUGAAAAAUUACCCACCGGUGUGUCUGUUGAAAAUUCUGGAUCAAUCAAAACCUCUGCAAGUGAUGACAGUUUCAAAUCCGAAAACAAUAUUUAUCAGCAAAUAUCUAGUUCGGAUAGGAUAAAAUCUGGCAAAGUUUCUUCAAGAAAAAACAAUAGCAUUGCUGAUAGAAAGCAAAGCAUUAGUUCUGAAAGGUCUAUCUCUCCAGAUUUCAAACAGUUACAGACCAACAUGAAACGACAUUUGGAAUCGGCUAAAAGUUCUCAUGCCCAACCCCCCUACCUACACUUAAAUGAAAAACCAUCAGCCUCUGCACAUCCUCAGCAGACAAUAAAGCACAAUGUUAAAAUAGACGAGCUGUCUAAUAUUAAUGCUAAGAAAACUGAGACAUUAAGCAAAAAGAAGGACGAAAAAGAAUUGUCAUUUUUGUCUGAGAAAUGUUUUAAUGGGGGAGAUGUUGAGCUGCCCAUAAAAAAGAACAAAAAAGACUUGAAAGAUCUAGCAAUUUCUGAAGAGUCUGAUAACAAGAUGCAGGGGAAAUCAAUGGGGAAGUCAUCAUCUAAGCAAUCAAAUGCUUUACCGUCAAAUAAGAAAGGAAAUUCUGAAGAGGAAGAGAAACAAAAUGUUACUGUUAUUUCCGAUGACACUUAUCCUAGCUCCAGUAAAGCUGGUAAUAUUAAGAAUGGGUCUAGUAGAUCUAGAUCAUGGAGCGAGGAUUCGCAGGGCAGGCCUAAACCAGGAUCAAGGUGCAGAAAGUGUGGCCAGCAUGUGAAUGAAAACUAGUUAUUUGUUAAGUUGUUUGAAGUCUUAUAUAAUUGGGUGAUUUGUGGAAUUUAGAUUUUUUUAGGAAUAAAAUAUCAAAUUAA